UCAAAAAGGACAAGGGCCUGUUGGGUGUAUGCUGAAAGAAUUUGGUGCCGAUGCUUAUGUUUGUGUUUGUAAUUCAACCUACUGUGACACUGUAGAAAACACGGAACCUCAAAAAUCUAGCAAGGGAGGUUACUCUUUAUAUCAGUCAGACAUCACAGGGAACCGUCUAACUCAUAGUUAUGGCACCGCCAGCAAACAGAAACAAGGAAUAGAAAUCUUAGUGAACAAGAAUACCACCUUCCAGUCCAUUAUUGGGUUUGGUGGAGCUUUCACAGAUGCUGCUGGUAUUAACAUCCAGUCUCUGUCGGCUAAUACACAGAGGAAUCUACUGGCAUCUUACUACUCCACAGAUGGUAUUGAGUAUACUCUUGGGAGAAUUCCUAUGGCCAGCUGUGAUUUCUCAACACACCCUUAUUCCUAUGAUGACACAGAUGGAGAUUUUAACCUGACCAAAUUUUCCUUAGCUCAAGAGGACCUCAAAUAUAAGAUACCAAUCAUACAAGCAGUGAUGAAGACUUUCAAGAGAAAUCUAACCUUAUUUGGGAGUCCUUGGAGUGCUCCAGCGUGGAUGAAGACCAACAAAAACAUGACUGGAAAGGGUACCCUGAUCGGAGAGCCAGGGGGACCAUACUUCAAGUCCUGGGCACUGUAUUUUGUGAAGUUUCUACAGGCCUAUGCAGAUAAUGGAAUUCCUAUUUGGGGUCUGACAGGACAGAAUGAGCCUACUGAUGGAAUGAUUACAAACUUCCCUUUCCAAGCGAUGGGCUGGACACCAGAAAUGCAGAGAGACUUUAUCGUUAAAGAUCUAGGACCGGCUUUACAGCAGAACUCUCUAAGUGAUGUGAAGCUGAUGAUCUUAGAUGACUCGCGACUUCAGCUACCCUACUGGGCAGAACAGGUUUUUAGUAGCGAAGAGGCUAGAAAGUAUGUGUCAGGGAUAGCAGUCCAUUGGUACGAAGAUUUUGUGGCCCCCACUGUGGCCCUGUCAAGCACCCACAAAGAGUUUCCAGAUAAAUUCAUACUAGCCACAGAGGCCUGUGCUGGAUCCAUGCCAUGGGAUCCCUCCAAAGUAGCCCUAGGGAGCUGGAAAAGAGGGGAGGAUUAUGCUCAUGAUAUAAUUCAGGAUCUGAAUAACUUUGUCUGUGGAUGGACAGAUUGGAAUAUAGCCUUAGACAUGGAGGGAGGACCGAACUGGGUGAAAAACUUUGUGGACAGUCCCAUUAUAGUCAAUGCAAAGACGGAUGAAUUCUAUAAACAGCCAAUGUUCUAUGUAAUGGGACAUUUUAGUAAGUUUAUCCUUCCUGGAUCAAUGAGAAUUGAACUAGUACCAAGUCAGUCGCUCCAGAAAGAUAUCCAGAUUGUAGGCUUCCUGCGGCCAGACAAAGCCAUUGUAUGCGUUUUAUUGAACAAGUCUGGUAGAAAUGUCACCUUAGCACUUCGAGAUCCCUCCAUAGGAUACAUUAACGUCAACCUCAAACCUCACUCCAUACAGACUUUACUGUGGUGGCCAUCUUAACUACUUAUAAAGUAGUCAUAAGUUUAUCUGUUAAAAGCUAUCUGUGAUAUUUUGAAAUGUGCAAUAAGAUUAUUUUGAGUGGUGUUUAUGAAUGAUUUGUUUUUUUAUCAACAUU